UAGUUGACAUUUUCGUACAAUUCGAAACGGACGUUUUAAGCGCAAGAGCCGCUAUCGAUUUACAGAUAAAAAAAUAAAUACGUUAAUAACUAGAUAAAAAAAAAUAAUUAAAAAUAAUACCCUUUUGACAGUCAAUACUAAAACCCAUUGCUAACAUUGUGAAAUUCGAGAAUUUUGUUUUGCUCUCUUGGACUGUUUGUCUCGUGCGGUGAACAAUGAAUAGUUUGUGUGGCUUCCGUUUGUCCACAGUGGGCAUUGUGAUCGGGUGGAUCAAUUUGGUGGGCUCGAUUUUCUCCACCAUCAUAUUGAUUGUGGCCUUUACGCGUUUGGAUGAUGUGAUAAAAAUUGUUCAAGAACAAAUUGACACUGAUACCGUGGAUGAUGUGGGCCUCAAGACCGCUGUUAUCAUCGCCCUCAGUGUUUACUUGACUGUCAAUGUGACAAAUGUCAUUGCAUCGUCUUUGCUUAUUGUGGGCACUGUUAAGGAACGCCAUCUACUGCUGACACCUUGGUUGGUUACUACCUACAUCUUUAUAUUCUACAAUGUACUUAACCUAGUGUAUAUGAUAUAUGUGGCCAUUGCUAAAGGACUACCAGCAAGUAAUGUGGUCGUGCCAAUUAUUGGAGCUUCCUUAAGUUUGUUCAUUCAAUUGAUCAUCUGGAAUGCCAUAUAUUCGCUGUUCAAGCAGAUCCGUGCCUCUCGUGAUUUGCAACAACGCCUUUUGCCCACCUCUUCGGGCUCUCAGUAUCCCAACUAUACCAAGAUGCCACCAACUAUGGAAUAGACAAAGACUGCCCUGAAGCCUUUCCAUGUACGAGUAUCUAUGAUCUGAUUGUCUAUUUUACCCGAACAAUAGGACCACUAAACAAUCUCAAAUUUGAAGUAUUUUGAAACCCAACUAAUUUCUAUUGUAUUAGUAUUUAGUAAACUAGCUUUCUGUUUUUUUUUUCCUACAAUAAAUAAAAAUUCCCAUCUAUAUUUACCUUAAACGAAAA